AUGAUUGGCAAAGUUGUUCUUUCCACCGUCUUUGUGUUUGUGGCCGUUUACUACAACAUAUCCUGUCAUGAUAAUGGCGACUGUCCUCAAGGAACUACUUGUAUGGGUACUCAAUGUAUUGCAUCGAAUUCUUGCCCUUUCCCGACGAUCCCUAAAGUCAAGAAAGGAUGCCAAAUGGAGACAUCUCUCUACCUACCAUCACAGUGUCCGAAAUUAAUAGAAAACUGCGAACCAUGUCCGAAGAACUCCGCAUUUCAAGGAUGUAGCAAUUUAUGCGGACAGAAGACGUGUAGUAACCUCAUUGCUAUGUCUCGUUGCUUCUCCCUUCUUUGUGGACCUUCCAGAUGCCAGUGCAAUUACGGUUACGUUCAACUUACCGACAACAUACAGGAUGGUUGCGUUAAGCCAAAGGAUUGCCCAAAACACAUCAUCAGUUUGGCUGUGCCAGAAGGCAAAUAUCUGGGUAAGCGAAGCAGUCGGAAUGUAUCAAGUUGUAUGCAUAUGAAAUAUGCAAUGCACGCCUCGGAAAUCAUCAUGACGAACUAA